AUGUGAAGAAGAGAUAUUCGAGAAAGGCAGAGGAAGAGAGCGAGAGAAACAGACAGAAAACCAAGGAAUAGAACCAGCAAAGUUUGAGGAAGGAUUGUUUUGUGGAUUUCAGCCAUGGAAACUCCGUAUGACGACGCUGAAGAUGAACGGCAGGAGAAAAGAGGUUGUUUUGAAUGCUGUAUUAAAUGUCUGGGAGGCGUGCCGUACGCGUCUCUGGUGGCCACCAUCCUGUGCUUCUCUGGUGUGGCGCUCUUCUGCGGCUGCGGACACGUGGCUCUGACAGGAACCCUCACCAUCCUGGAAAACCACUUCUCCAAGAUCACCACGGACCAUGCCAUGCUGACGGACAUAAUCCAGCUCAUGCAGUACGUCAUAUACGGCAUCGCCUCCUUCUUCUUCCUGUACGGCAUCAUUCUGCUCGCCGAGGGAUUCUAUACCACCAGUGCCGUCAAGGAGCUUCACAAUGAGUUCAAGACCACCGUCUGCGGACGCUGCAUCAGUGGAAUGUUUGUGUUCCUGACGUACAUCCUGGGAAUUGCCUGGCUUGGGGUUUUCGGUUUCUCGGCGGUGCCCGUGUUUCUUUUCUACAACAUGUGGUCGACCUGCGCUGCCAUGCGCUCACCGGUGGCCAACCUCACCUCCAUCGAGAGCAUCUGCGUGGACGUGCGUCAGUACGGUAUUAUUCCAUGGAACGCAACACCGGGCAAAGCUUGCGGCUCAACGCUAGGUGAUAUUUGUAACACCAGUGAGUUCUACCUGUCUUACCAUCUGUAUAUUGUCGCCUGCGCUGGAGCAGGAGCGACAGUCAUUGCUCUGCUCAUCUACAUGAUGGCUACCACGUAUAACUUUGCUGUUUUGAAGUUUAAGAGUCGAGAGGACUGCUGCACUAAAUUUUAAUGCAGUUGCAUCAAAGUGCCUAGAAUGAGCAGCCACUGACAAUAUGGACUAAAAUAAUAGAGAUGAAAACAAACGAGAGAAACAUUUCAUUGCUUUUGACAUGUAAUGUGUAAAUAUAGGAUUGUAUACAGAUGUAGCAUUUUCGACGCAGGUGCUGUAAACCUGGACGUGUUGUUAUCGAAAAUUUGCCUUUGUUUCUGCAACCACUAGAAAAGCUUAAUUUGAAGCCUAACAUGAAAUCUCUUUAAAUUCCUCCUACAAUCUCUUUGGCUAAAGUAUUAUUAUCAGUCAGGACAGACGCAGACAGUCAGCGCACACUUGUUCAGAGAAAAGUAUUUUUCCCAUUCAUUUUCUCAAUAGAGAUUCUGGAAAAUUCUUUAUAUUAACUCUCUCUAUAUAUUACCAAUCAAAAGAUUGUUUUUUGAAAGAAAUUAAUACUUUUAUUCAUCAAGGACGCAUUAAAUUGAUCAAAAGUGACAGUAAAGACAUUUAUAAUGUUACAAAAGAUUCUAUUUCAAAUAAAUACUGAACUUUCUGUUCAUCAAAGAAUCCUGAAAAAUAAAAUGUAUGAUGGUUUCCACAAAAAUAUGACUGUUUUCAACAUUGAUAAUAAUCAUAAAUGUUUCUUGAUCAUCAAAUCAUCAUAUUAGAAUGAUUUCUGAAGGAUCAUGUGACACUGAAGACUGGAGUAAUGAUGCUGAAAAUUCAGCUUUGAUCACAGGAAUAAAUUACACUUUACUAUAUAUUCACAUAGAAAACAGCUGAUUUACAUUGGAAUAAUAUUUCACAAUUUUUACUGUAUUUUUGAUUAGAUCAGAUCUUUUUAUGAAUUUAAAUUAAAUUUACUUAAAGAAGCAAAUCCCUAACAAAGCUUUAAAAACACAUUAGGUUUUAUUUAAUUCCUCUAUAGAGAAAAUGAAUGUGACUUUUACUUCCAGAACCUGCUGUGCUGUAUUGGGAGAAAUAUAUAGUUUCUAAAGGUCUAAUUUCUCUGAAUUUUGCCAAUUGUGCCGGUGCCAGUGAGCCCUCCAGUGUUUUAAUGGUGUUUUCUUCCUUCGAACAUGUUUACAGUUGUCAGUGUUGUUUUUAUCAUUUCUAUUCAUUUGUUUUAAGCAGUAUUAUGAAGAUUGUUGGUAUUUUUAAUCUUUAUGGAGUUAUUUUAAACACAAACCUGUCAAAAUACAAAUAAAUAACAAUUUUAAAUUCUGGAAAACAUUAAUAUUUAGUUGCAUUAUCUUUAAGAUCAGAUUUCGUUCAAAACUGCAUCUUUAUUAUUAGAACACACUACGGCAGAUCUUGUCAUGUAUUAUUAUAUGAUUUGCUCAUCAUAACACUUUCUGCUUUAAUAUUAAUAAACAAAAACAUGCUGUCAUUAGGAACAACCUAUGUGUCCUUUGAUUUAAGGUCAUUACUAAAAACUUUAUAUGAGAAAAUUACGAUGAUAAUUGUAGCUCAUGAUCAGAAGAAGCACAUGGGAUUGUGCCAAAUGAUUGAUUAUGUGAAUUUAACUUUUGAAAGGUAGCAGAUACAUUAAUGUACAGCUAAACCAGCUAGAAACCGUCCUAAAAGUCUUUUAAAACUCAAGGGGUCAUGACAUGGAUUUUUAAAAAUUAUUUUAAUAUGUUCCUUGAGGUUCACUUAUAAUGUUAACACAAAAACAAACAAACAAACAAAUAUAUAUGCGGAAAAAUUGUUUUCUAUCCUCAUUCUGACCCUCUGUCUGAAAUGAUCUGUUUUUAAGACGUGGCUCCUUUAAGGCUUGUCAGUAUGCUGAUAGUGGGCGGGGUCUAUGGUGUCAGUGGGCGGGGCCUAUGGUGUGAUGACAUAACUAUUUGUUGAUGUCUUGCUCUGGAGGCGGGCAUAUGCAAAUGUGUUUGCCCAUGUGACAUCACAGAUUCCACAAUACAAACACAAGCUGUUUUUGGAGGUUGAUUAAAUAAAUGCUGAUAAUAUAAGGAUGAUUUUUUUAAGCUCUGAAACUUGCAGGAUGUUUUAAUGGUACAAAGACCUCUUUUAUGUCAAAAGAUCAAGGCAAAUUUGAUCUCUCAUGUCAUGACCCUUUUAAACCUCUAUUAAAAACUAGCUAAUUUCUAGUAGCAAAGCAAUGCAGUAGCAGGAAUUUACCUGCAUUUCAAAUAUGGCUCAUCCAAUCAGGAUUUACCUGUUUAACAUGUGGGUUAGUGUUAGUUGUUAUUUCUUUGUAAUAUGCAUUAUGUCACAAAGUCAAGUGACGUGACGCUGCUUGUAUCGCAGGUUCACAUGCGUAUGUUAUUUUCAAACCGAGAUCCAGCAUUGAAUUAACAGUCAGAUUGCAUGCUUCCUUCUACAUGAUUUAUUAAAUAUUCCUCUGAGAUUCUGGUGGCUGUAGUUUUUCCUUUAUAAAAAAUAAACCUGCUUUGUGUACAAAA